AACAUGAAUUGCUUAUUUGGUGUAGUCUGCAGUGCCUCAGCGGUGUACUAGCCUGUGUAGUAUGCUGUGGCUGUCCUCCAGCCCAGGCCUCCUGAGCUGCGAAAGCAUAAUCCCUUCGCCCCUCUGCCAGCGACACGCCUGCCGCCUUCGCGCCCUCGCUCUCGCCCUCGCCGGCAUGUACACUACCCGCCUGUACAGUGCAGUAGGUGGUGGUGGAGGAGGAAAGCCUGGACGCCGGCCGGGCCUGGGGGGUGGAGGUCUGCCCAUGCUGGAGAACCCCCCACACCACCCUCUCCCACCACACCAACAUCCCCACCACGUGCCUCCUCCACCUCCCAGCUACCCGCCCAUCUACCAGGGGCGCCCUGACCCUCACCGGGGGCCCCACUUUCACAGUCACCACCACCACCAACACUACCAUCCCCACCCACACAUGGCCCCUCUGCCUCCACCCAUCCCCCCGCAUCCCCACUACCAGACACACGCCCACCUGCACCACCACGGCACUGUUGGCGCCGCCGGCAACAACAAGAAGAAGACGUGGAACUUCAUCCACGAGAAGAUGAGCUACGACACCUUCUUCACCAUGAAGAGGCUGAUUGAACGCUCGCGGAGAGCGGACGAGGUGCUGCGCUGGGUGACGCAGAACCCAGGCAAGAUUUCACACAACCAUUACCCCAUCGCACUGCAGAAGAUCGGCCAACUUCUACAGGCUGGGGAGGAGGAGGAGGAGAGGGGCGGCGGAGGUGGCUCGGAUGCAGCCCUGGUUCCCUCUCCCGGAGUCUGUGGAGGAGAAAGAGUGGAGAAUGAAGGUCGACAGAUCUUGGAGCACCAGGACUUCCAGACGCUGUGCGACUCCAUUGUGAGGGACUGUGCCAAGUUUGACAACUUCAGCAUUGUCAACUGCCUGUACGCUGUGGCAGCAUUAGGCCUUCCCAGCGACUCGCGGGUAGUGCAGGUGCUGGAGGCUGAGUCCCAAUCACGACUGGGCCAGUUUAACCAGAAGGACGUGUCCAUGGUGUUCAGCUCCAGCAUGAAGCUGCACCCCAGCAGCCAGCACCCGCUCACCGAGGCCUGCCUGGCGGGCUUGGAGAAGAACCUGGAGCGGGAGCGUCACCCGCAGACCCUCUUCCUGCUGCUCUCCUACUACCGCCUCAAGUGGCGCUCGCUGCAAUCCAGCGACGCUGCAACGGCUGAGAUCGUGGCCAAUACACCACCCAACCCGGAACAGCUCCUGGCCAACAGGAAGAUCCUCCGAUUGGUCAAGCACACACUGGCUAGCGUAAGUGGAGUGCGCGACCAGGAGAUGGCGCUGCUGGACGAGAUGCUGGCUACUUGCGUACGCGAGGCUAGUAACAAGAGCCUGGAGAUCAUCUUCAGCUCCCACCUAUUCUACCAGAACAGACAGGAGAGGUUUGUGUGCAGCCUGGCUGAGGAGCUGCCUAAAAAAGUGGACAGCAUAACCCCAUACACCAUGGCCCUCAUUGCCAAAUACAUCGCCCGCCACCGGAUCAGAGAGACUCGACUCCUCGACACCAUCGCUGAUUUCCUGGUCAAGAAGGGAGAAUACCUGGAUAGCAAGGUAAUCCAAAAGCUUGUGUUCCCCUUCAGCCGGAUGAGCUACCGGCCGUCCAACGAGGUCCAGUUCUUCUCCAAGUUGGAAGUGGUGCUGGAACUAAAGGCCCUGAGCUCCCCGCUAGCCACAGUCAACAUCCUCAUGUCCCUGUUCCAGCUGGGCCACUUCCCUGGCCUGGUGCUGCACAAGGUCUUCUCCACCGCCUUCAUCAGCAACGUCACCAACAGCCCUUAUGCUCUGAUCGUGCGUCGCUACCUGUCUCUGUUGGACGCGGCGGUGGAGCUGGAAUUCAGGGACUACACCGGUCCACGGCUCCAGGACACGCACAAGGUGCUCAUGUUUGACCACGCGCUGACCGCUGACGAGGUCAACCGCAAAUACAGCUACAGGGGUCUUGUUGCUGAAGCCCUCAGACAGUUGGUUGGAGAGCAUGGAUACAAACAAGACGAGGUUCUGGCCCCUGGUUAUUACACAGACUUCCUGCUGUGGAUUGACAGCUCUGGCCAGGUUCUCCCUAUCCAGGCAGGGGCCUCCCUAGGUGUUUCCCACAAAGCCCCAGAGGGAUCCGUGGCUGUGACUGCCCUCACCUCAGACUUUCAAAAGUUCUCCCCCUUCGCCCCACUAGAGGAAGGGGGGGACCAGCGACCCGUCGGAGGGGACGAGUCGGUGGCCCUCCUGCCACACCACAUGCAGCGCGGGGAAAACCCUGCCUCGGCCCAGAGGGCCGGCCCUAACGGCGGGGGCCCACUUGACUACAACGCAUACUACACGCCUGCUGACUACUACUCCAGCCUGGCCAAGGAGCACUCUCUGGAGAGCCAGGACAGCUCCACGCUCAGCAGCCCUCCCUCUGACAGCCUAGCCCAGCCAAUGGCCUCCGGGGUAGGCGGAUCCACCACAGCUGCCCCGGUUUCUCUUUUCCAGUUCUCUAUUGGGAAGAUCCUGGAGGACGAGGGAGGGGUGCAGGUGGGGCCAGGUAAUCAUGGGCCUGGCUGCGAGCUCCCUGUCUUCUAUGAGGGGUUGGCCGGGGACGUGGGGCUGCACCCGGCCGAUCGAACCGACACAGAGAGGGCAGUGGGGGACCAGCGACAAGUUAAGAGAGUGGUCAUGUCGGUGAAUGACAAGUGGCACUACUGUCACAACUCUGAGGUGCUGGUGGGCUCCCGAGCCAUGAGGGACCGUCAUCUGUUGCUCCUGGGAUAUGUCAUUCUGCAGCUGCCCUAUCACGAGCUGGAGAAGCUGAAUGGCAUAGAGGAGGUGAAGCAGUACCUCCACAAAAAGCUCCUGGAGGUCCCCUUAUGACAACAAAAGACUUGAGUGUGUGUGUGAGCCAUUGCGACUGCUUGGGAUAGGACAGAGGGUUGUUGGUGGGAUUGGGAAAAGGGGGUGGUUUGGGGUAGAGAACAAACCCUGGUCAAAGUCUAAAACUAGAGUUUUUUUUUUUUUUUUUUGUAAUUUUGCUCUUGCAUUCAUCAAAAUGGCGCCACGCUAUUCGCAACGAGCCAUAUACCCAGUUGAUGACAUGCCUAGUAUCAUGUUGCCACGAUUGGUAUCUUGUUAUUGCCACUUCACAACCGUUCUUGACCAUCUUGCCUACGGACUGUUCUUAGUGUAUCACAGUAGCAUGACGAAACAGUUGGUUUUUUUCUUCUAUAGUUGUAGUUUUAAUCAUGGCUUUGUGUGGGGGAAUAAGAUGUUUAUUAUAAAGUCAUACAGAGAUGACAAUGUUCUGGUGUUU